AUGGUCGAAGCAUUUGCAUGUGCAAGACUUCAAAACGAGUUCAGAGAACUAUCACAAAACGAAGACAUAGGAUUUUCAGUUGGGCUUAUUGACGAUAAUCUUUUCAAUUGGUCUGUUUGCUUUUCAGGACCUCAAGAUACUGCAUGGGAAGGUGGACUUUACAUGGCAACUUUACGAUUUCCCCCUCAAUAUCCAAACUCUCCUCCAGAAAUGAUUUUUAGGACUGAGAUGUGGCAUCCAAAUAUUUUCCCUGACGGGAGAGUUUGUAUAUCAAUUUUGCAUCCUCCAGGUGAAGAUCAAUUUAAUCAAUAUGAAAGUGCAUCAGAAAGAUGGAGGCCGAUACUGGGCGUUGAAGCUAUAUUAGUGUCUGUUAUUUCAAUGCUUAAUGAUCCUAAUCUUGAUAGCCCUGCAAAUAUCGAUGCAGCUGUGCAAUAUAGAAACGAUAAAUCAGGAUACUUAAGAAGAGUGAGAAGGUUAGCUCAGAAAUCUGUAGAAAGUCUUUAA